AUGUUUAAAUUAGAUGUUCUUAUUGAUACAUCUGUAUUACCAUCUAAUAUAAUGUUAUUACGUGAUGAAAAGUUUAUUGAUUUCGUGAAAGAAGAAGCCGGUGAUGCUGCUGCUGAAUUACUUGAAAUACAAGGCAUUAAUUGUGUAAAGUCAUUGUUGAUGACAGCCGAUGUUUUUGCAAUUAUGAACGUUAAGAGUAAAAGUCUUGAUGAUUUAAAAAAAAAAUAUGGUUAUAUGCUAGAUGAUAAUACAUUUGUUGUACAACCUGGAGUAAAAGGAAAUAUAGAAUAUCUUAUUGAUUUGUUAAAACAAAAAUGUGUUGAUGAUGCAAAAUUAGUUAAAUUUUCAAAACGUAAUGAAUUAUUAUCAUCAUUAGAUAAUACUACAGGUGCAUCAUCAACAAUAACAAAAUCAAAUUCAAUUAUUUCAUCCAAUACGUCAUCAGAAACAAUGACAUCGAAAUCUUUUAAUUUAUCAAUUAAUGAACAUAAAAUAUAUAUAAUUGAUACUUUGAAUAACUGGUUUGAAAGUAAUAAAUCAAAAUAUAAUUUUUCACAUUUUACUUUAAUUGAGGGUCAACAUUACUUUAUUUCAAUAUUAAGUGGUGCAAAUGAUAUGCUAAAAGGUAACAUAAAAUGCUGUUGCGGAAAAUGGUUAUCAUUAACAUUAAGACGUGGUAAAUUUCAAAUGUCUAACUUCUACCGUCAUUUACAAGAUUCACGUAAUGGUAACAUAUGUAAUACAAUAAAAGAAAUGAAAAAUAAUCCUCAAUCAACACUAUCGUCAUCAACAAAUAAUCAACAAUCAUUUACACCAUCAGAUUAUGUAUCUGAACAAACAUCACCAUCAACAAAUAAUCAACAGCCAUUUACAAUAUCAGAAAAUGUAUAUCAGCAAACAUCAUCACCAAAUCGCGUACCUAAUAUAUCACCACCAAUCACCAUUCAAUCAAAUUCUACUUUAUCUAUGCCAUCUUCUAUCUCUUUAUCAAUAGAUGAUGAUGGAACUACUAUAACACAAUCGUCAUUAGCAACUAAACGACAAGUAAAAAGAAAAGCUCAAGCAAUAGAAUCUUCAUGUAACACAAGAGAAUCAACAAAAAGAACAAGAACAUAA